GUGAGAGGGAGAAAGGUAGUGGGGAGCCUAGGUUACCAUAUACCACACCAGGCUAGGCUACACUGCAUUCGCUUCUAUCAGUGCCGGUGUGCUUGAACCACGUCUAUCACUCAGCAAGAGAGCCUAAGAGAUGGGUUCCAUCCCCCAAGUGUCUGUGCUACGCGGGCCUACACACCCGCUGCCCCGGGUCCGCUACCUCUCCCGCCUUUUAGAGGACAAGGUCCGCGAGUGCGGGAACUCCACGGCCAUCAUUUAUAAAGGCUCAGACUCGGUGGUUCACAAGCUCAGCUAUGGUGAGUUAGACCUUGCUACUAACCGGCUAGCUCGCGCACUCCUGGCACGUCUCGCUCCUCUUGACGGCGAUGUGGUGGUGGCGGUCAGUCUACCCCCGAGCGAAGCUCUCCUCUUGACCCUCCUGGCUGUUUGGAAGGCUGGAGCCGCCUACCUCCCUCUAGACCAACAGGCUCCCCAGAGAGUUCAUCAUAUCCUGGAGGAGGCCAAGCCCGCCCUUAUCAUCACAGAAGAAGCUGAAGAUCAAUUGGACGAAGUUCUUCAAUGCCAUAAUGUUGUCAGUUUCUCUACAUUGGAUACCAUCGCUACCAAGAUGGCCGCCACUAUCCUUUCAGAUUCAGAGGUUCUCCCAGCGACAGCUCAACCCUUAGCCGUAGUCUUGUACACGUCUGGUAGCACCGGAGUGCCCAAAGGAGUUCGCCUUCCACAUGCAGUGGUGCUGAAUCGCCUGAGAUGGCAGUGGCGGGAGUUCCCGUUCAGCCCAACAGAACAAGUCUGUGUGUUUAAGACCACCCUGACCUUUGUGGACGCUAUCGGUGAAAUCUGGGGUCCUCUCCUGCACUCGUCCCCCAUCGGCCUCCUGGUGGUUCCGAGGGAGAUCACCAAGGACCCCCAGCGGCUCAUCCCUCUCCUGGAGGAGUACAAGGUGGAGAGAUUACUGGUGGUGCCGACCCUGCUUCGUGCCAUCUUGCUCUUCUUAGGCCUGGACUCUUCUCAACAACUGGCAAGCCUCAAGACGUGGGUGUGUAGCGGGGAACCUCUGGUCGUAUCCCUGGCCGAACAGUUCCUCUCCCAAUUCCGUCACCGAGAUGUGGCGCUCUGCAACUUCUAUGGCAGCACAGAAGUGAUGGGAGAUGUCACCUAUCAUGUGAUUCGCUCUAGAGAAGAUCUCGCCGCUUUCGACAAAGUCCCCAUCGGUCAGUCUCUUCUAAUUAUUCUGCAAUAA